AUGGCAUUGGCGUCAACUACCUGUCCAUUGAGACGAACGGUGCCUUUGACCGUCAAUUUAGACAAAUUCCUUGCACGUAUAAUAAGAUACCAUUCUUCAAGAUAUCUAUGGGCUCCUCCUGAGUCUUACGGCAAUCGGGGAAGGCUUGCGGGUGUGGGUGUAUUAGGAGUGAGCGUAGGAGAGGGGGUAGGAGGGGGUGUAGAAGUACGAGUGGUAGGCGAAGUGCCCACAGUAAGUAUCGCCGUUACUGUAUUGAAAGCUUCGGACAAAUGUGGUCUAAUCGGUCGGGCGGCCAUCGAAACAGGCGUUCCUGAGUUGAGAAUAGUGGGCGGACAGGCAGCCGGUCAGACAGACGAUACCAAUGACUUGCCAUUUAUGGUAUCCCUUCAGUUCAAACGCCAACACUUUUGCGGCGGAUCUAUACUUAACGAACGGUGGGUCCUAACGGCCGGCCAUUGUGUCGAUCCACUGGUAGUCGCAGGUUAUGGUCCAUCAGACGUACAGCUGGUGAUGGGAACCGUUCGCAUCAAUUCACGUACGGCUAAGACAUAUAAUGGAAGCCUAUUUGUACGAUCUGCAUGCUAUGUGAAAGACCCUGGUCACAUGUAUGGCGACAUCGCGUUGAUUAAGACCGACAGAGACAUCGAGAUUGACAACAAAAUGAUAGCCACUAUAUGUCUGCCACCACAGGGUGUCCGACCCGUUGUCGAUGACGCGAUUAUGGCGGGUUGGGGUGUUUGGACACCGGAUGGCACCGAAUCGGCCAAUACUCUGCAAAAAGUGAACACAAAAAUAUUAUCCGAAGACUUGUGCCAAAUGUAUGAUUACUUCCGCAACAUUGGAUUCAAUGGGCAGAAGCCGGGCAAACGGCUCUGUGUUAUGAAUGACAUCUCAACCGGUUGUCGAGGUGAUUCGGGAGGUCCACUGAUCCAGGUCGUGAAUGGAAAGGCCUAUCACAUGGGAAUAGCAUCUUAUAUCUCAGUAACACUUCCCCUAUGGAACCGAUGCUCUGAAGGCAAUCCAAUCUUUUAUUACAAGACAUCCAUAUAUACCGAUUGGAUCGCAAAAGUUAUCAAAGAUUAUGCCAAAGAUAUUAAGUCCAGACUGAGUUUUCUACAAAUGAUCGCCAGUUUUCAAAACGAUAAAAACUGUGGAAAACUUAAUUCGCAUAAAACUCGGGUCCAGACGAGGGUUGUGGGCGGACAGGCGGCCGAACCCAAUGAGUUGCCAUUCAUGGUAUCACUUCAGGCCAACGAUAGUUCAAAAAAUCUCAAACACUUUUGCGGCGGAUCUAUACUCAACAACAGAUGGAUACUGACGGCCGCCCAUUGUGUACAUCCAUUGAUAAACCCUAAAGUGAAGAAACCGUCGGACGUAUAUCUAGUGAUGGGAACCAAUAAUUCGGAAGUGUUUAACAUUACUCAUGAUAUGUAUAAGGCCGAGAUGUUGCUUGUAUCAGGGUGCUUUUUGCUUGGAUCUCCUUUUACUGAUCUAUUAGAUGGCGAUAUUGCACUCAUUAAGACAAACAAAGGCAUUCCCAUAAAUAGCGACAAUUUUGGCACAAUUUGUUUGCCGCCUAAUAAUGCCGAGCCGGGCACUGAUGACGUGAUUAUAGCCGGUUGGGGUGUAUCUGAUCCGGACGUUGAGAGUCCGACGAAGACAUUGCAAAGAGUGGACACCAAAAUAGUAUCCGAAGAUUUGUGCCAAACGUAUGAUUACUUCCGUAACGUUGGACUCAAUGGAAGAGUUCCGGGAAAACGGUUUUGUGUUAUGAAUGAGGGCUCAACCGGUUGUCGAGGUGAUUCGGGUGGACCACUAAUACAAGUAGUAAAUGGAAAGGCCUACCAGUUGGGGGUCGCAUCUUAUUUAUCGGUUACCCUUCCCCUUUGGAAGCGAUGUUUAGAAGGCAAUCCUGUAUAUUAUUUCAAGACAACCGGAUAUAUCAAUUGGAUUACAAAUGUCAUUAAGAAGUACGACAAUAGCAGUACACCUGACAAACACAUUAUGGUGCCUUGCUAA